AUGGGAGAAAGUAUUAAGGAGUAUUUGGAGAGGAUGGAUAUCUUCUUCGAUGUAAAUGAAGUUGAGUCCGGGAAGAAAACAGUGAUGCUGUUAACGCUGGGAGGAGCAUCACUGUACAGUUUGAUCUCAAAAAUGGUGCUACCGGAGAAACCAAGUUCAGUGCCGUACGAAAAAUUAGUGAUCAAACUUAAAGAACAGUUGGAGCAGAAAGUGAACGUGGUAGCGGAGCGGUUCAACUUUAGGAACUGUAUUCAAAAGAAUCAAUCAGUGGCGGAAUAUAUAGUUGAAUUAAAAGCGCUCGCACAAACAUGUGAAUUCAAGUGCUGUCUGGUGGAAGCGUUGCGUGAUCAGCUGGUUGCGGGUGUUCGAGAUGAUGGCCUAAGAAAGCGGCUUCUGCGUGAGACUGGUCUCACGUUCGAAGGAGCAGAAAGCAUCGCCAGAACGUGGGAAGCUGCGGACGAGCAGAACGAAGCGUUUACGAGGAAGGAGAAAGGAGGAGAAAUGGCGGCGAUUAGGAGUGCGCCAAAAAGAAGCGUCGUUUCAAAAUUUCACUACUACCGUGGAAGUGGUGCACCUGUAAAACCAAGUAAUGAUAAUAAUUGUCACAGAUGCGGAAGAUCGCACAACCCACAGACAUGUCCUGCGCGUACGUGGCAGUGUUUUACCUGCAAAAACCUGAAGAAGUAUCUAUUGGAUACAAGGUACAAACCACUAAGUCUUCAGAGGAAACUGAAUCAAAUAUUGUUCAAGUAUAGGAAUAGUCCAUGUACGGUAACUAAAGUCACACCUUCAGAAAGAGUGUUUUGUUACGUACCACAUACAGUAACAGCAAAAGUCAAUCCUAUAAAAGGAAAUGAGAGACAAAUGUCAACUAUGGAAGAGUCAAGAAGUCAGUCUAAAAUCGUAGGAAAUCAAGUCGAAUAUGAAGAAGAAGAAUCUGUAUUUUACAGAAAUCACUUUAAAGAGCACAUGAGAUGGAUCCCGGCAAUAGUAAAAAAGAAAAUAAGCGGGUUAAGAUAUUUAAUCAGUCUGAAUGGAAUAAUACGGAUGGUACAUAAAAACCAAUUGAGGAAAAACAAAAACCAGAUGAGUUCAAAGGAUGUCAUAAUACCAUCAGAGUGUGGUACCUGCAAGAUGGGCCCCACAACCGACCCGGAAGCGGUGGUCAAUCCGCAACUGCAAGUGUACGGCAUUCGCGGACUGCGCGUUGUGGAUGCAUCGAUCAUUCCCACCAUUCCGGCGUCGCAUACCAAUAAGGAAAGCAAAUGUAGUGCACGAUCUUUCUCCUCUAGUGAACUAGUCUUCUUAAGUGAGAUCACUCUCGAACACAUCGGGGAUCACUGUUACAUGAUUUUGCGGAACCGCAAGUGCACUCUCCACGGUUCGAAGGUUCCGGGUCGCCUUUUUCCAGUCGCACCAGUAUCCAGCAAAUCCGCCAAUGUAAAUGCCGUGUAG